GCCUCAUUCUCUCGGUGACCACGCAUUUCCAGCCUACUACGUCCUCACACUGCUGCCUUUUGCCUGCCCUUGCUUACUGUAUCUAAAUCUCUGCAAUAUAAUAGCCCAACAUGUCGACCUCAACACCCUCGUCCGCUCCUGACUCAACCUCCUCGUACACAACCAUGGACAGAGACGUGGAAGCGAUCGGGCGCCACUGCGAAUUCGCCUACUGCCACCAACUCGACUUCCUCCCAUUCCACUGCGACUCCUGCAAUCACACAUUCUGUCUCGACCACCGCACCGAGACCGCCCACCAAUGUCCUCGCGCCGGCGAAUGGGCACGCAGUCGGCGGCGCAACAGCGUCGGACGCCCAACAACAAACACACCCAGUCCAGGCCGGCCAAACGCCAGCAAUGCCACGCAAUGCAGCGACCCCAAAUGCAAGACCUUCAUCAAUACCCUCCAGAACACGGGCGUGCACUGUCCGCAGUGUAACAGAAAUUACUGUCUGAAGCACCGCAUGCGCGAGGACCACGACUGCAAGAACCUCAUUCCUCUGGGCGCCAGACCGAUCGAUAUCGCUAUGCAAUCAAAUAAAGACAAAAUCAAGAGCGGGUUUGGCCGAUUGAAAUCGUGGACUACAACCAAACAAGAUUCGCUAAUGCCGAAGCCGAAACCGUCGAGCCGUGCGGCGCAAUUGGCCGCGUUGAACACGCUCAAGAAGAACGCCAAGGGCGACGACAAGCUCGAGGCCGAGAAGAGAGUGUAUCUGCAUGUCGAGGCGGAGGCCGCGAGCACAACGAGUAAAUUGCCCAGAGCGGAUUUGUUUCUCUCGCAGGAAUGGAGCGUCGGGAGGUUACUCGACGAGGCGGCAAAGAGGUUGCAGGUCGCUAACGUUAACAACAGAGUUGAAACGGAGGAGCAGAGGUUGCGCGUGUAUCACGUUGAGGGAGGACGGUUACUGGAGUUCUCUGAAAAGGUUGGGAAGGCCUUGAUAAGUGGUAACACGGUUGUGCUGUUGAGGGGUGUUGGUCCUAAGCAGACAGAGUCAUGAUUACAAGGGCCACUGUCUCGUCUUGGUACUAGUGACGGCGUUGUGGCAUAUCGUACCACUUGUCAGAGCGAUUUAGCGAAGGCUGCACCAGCGCCAUAAUGAUUGAUGA